UUUGAAUACAACGCCGGGAGAAAUGUAUAAAAGAUUUUGCUCCGACGGUUAAAGCAUCAGUCGCUCAUUUGGUAUCAAAGCAUCCAAACCUAUCUAAUUAACCAUGAAAGUGAUCAUUGUCGCCCUCGCCCUUGUGGCUGUUGUCGCUGCUCACCCCGUCGCAGAAACUGAACCAAUUAAAAUUCUUCGCUCACAAUUUGAUGCCACUCCUGAAGGUGGCUACGCUUUCGACUUCGAAACAGAAAAUGGCAUCAAACGCUCUGAGCAGGGCGAAGUAAGGGAAGCUCUUGACGAGGAAAACAAGCCUCACCCUGUCGUAGUAGUCCGUGGAUCUUACUCAUACGUCGAUGUAAACGGUAACCCCGACACCAUUACCUACUAUGCUGACGAGACCGGUUACCAUCCCGAGGGAGCCUCCAUCCCCAAGGUCCCAUCCCCAUCCAGGAGAUAAACAAUGAAUAACAUCGCUGACACCAAGGAAUUCAAUGUGUAAUUGAUUAACUAUAACCAUUCUUAAUCAAUUAUUCAUGGAAAAAUAUAAGGAUAAUUCGUCUUAAAAAUCAAUAUCGCUUAAAGGCGCAGCAUCCGCCAUAAAGCUCUUGCUUCUUUCUAUAAUUUGAUGCUCACUGCCAUAUUUUUGUACGUUUUUAUUUUUUGUUACGUUAAGAUGAUUUGCACAGAAAAUAAAGUUCAUUGAUUAAGUA